GUUCAAGCAGGCGCUGGGCAAGCAGGUCGGCGUGGGCGUGCUGUUGGCGCGCCUCGAGACGCUGCUGGACGAGCUGCGCACCAUGGACCAGGACGAGGCCCAUCACGCGUCGCUGCGGCCCGUCGCGACCGAGCUGGUCAGCCCCGGCCUGCUGCAGCACAAGGACGCCGGCGUGCGUGCCUGGGCCUGCUGCUGUCUGGUCGAUAUGCUGCGUCUAUUUGCCCCCGACGCCCCCUUCCCGGCCAAGACGCUCAAGGAAAUCUUCUCCGUCAUCAUCACCAAGCUGCUACCCCUCCUCGCCGACCCCUCGCACCCCUACAACAGCCAGCACCUGUAUGUCCUGCGCUCGCUUGCCGAGUGGAAGAGUAUCCUGCUCAUCAACGACCUGCCGGGCGCCGACGCCCUGACCACGGCCCUGUUCACCGCCUGCUUCGACGUCCUCGCCGGCCCCGCCAAGCACGACGGCCCCGAGGAGCUGAGCCAGAACGUCGAGCACAACAUGACCGACGUCCUCUCGACCGUCAUCGACGAGGCCGCCGCCCUGCCGCAUGACGUCGUCGACAUCAUCGUCGCGCAGUUCCUAUGGGCCGAUCCCAUUGCGCUGGGCAGCUCCAAGCCCAAGAAGAGCGCGCCAGUAGUCGACGCGAGGCAGACCACUUUGCGUCGCAAAGACGCUCCGCCAGCCUACAACAUGGCCAAGAGUGUGUGCAACAGCAACCAGGACAAGAUGGCACGUCUGGUCGGCAACUACUUUAGCUCCGUCAUUGUCGACUUCACAAACUCAGGCCCGUCCUUCAGGCGGGCCCGCGCAGGGAGCGAAGACGCCGAGAGCGCUGCCGCCAAAGGCCCUUCUGACGACGAUCUCAACGAGGCAAGCAAAGCACACAGACUGUUGCGCGAGCUCUGGAAGUGCGCUCCGGGUGUUUUGCAAGACAUCGUCCCACACCUUGUCGACGAGCUUGGCACAGAGAACGUGCAGCUCCGCCAGCUGGCUACCGAGACUCUGGGCGAUAUGAUAUCUGGCAUUGGCGCAGCAGGACCUCCACCGCCACCACAAAUGGACCCCUCGGCAUAUCCGUCGCAAAGUCUUUCGCGUUCAGAUGCACAACAGCCUUUUGACUUCCUUACCACUCCCACAUCCAUCAGCUCCUUCCCAACACAGCAUCCCGUUGCGUACCACUCCUUCUUGCAGCGUAAGAACGACAAAUCACCCAUCAUACGAGCAUCUUGGACGACCGCCAUUGGCCGCAUACUAACCACUUCGGCUGGCGGCAUUGGACUCGAUCCUGAAGAAGAACAAAAUCUCCUCAAGUCCUUCGCCGAAUGCUUGAUCGAUAGUGACGAGAGGGUACGCUUAGCAGCGGUCAAGGCCGUAGAACUCUUCAGCUUCGACGACAUCGUUCGCAGGCUCGGCAGCAACGGAAACAUGACAGCGCCUGGUUCGAUCCUCUCAAAUCUUGCAGAUCGGGUCAAGGACAAGAAGAGUAUUAUACAUUCCGAGACAACCAGACUCAUUGGACGUAUUUGGGGUGUGGCUUCGGGUGCGAUUGCAGAGGGUGACGAGAACGUCAGCAACUUACUCGGCUCAAUUCCCUCCAGAAUUCUGGAAGCGUUUUACGUCAAUGAUGCAGACAUCAAUGUUCAGAUUGACACGGCUCUAUUUGAGUCUCUUCUGCCUCUUGGCUAUCCGCCAAUGAAACCGCGAGCAAUCACGAAUGGCGCAUCACAAGUGAUAAAGGAUAGCCAAACAAACGGCGAUCAAGGCUUCACGGAAGCUGAGCUCGACAAGCUUCGUACAGAACGUCAACUCGUGUUGGUCAAUGGGCUCAGUGAGAGAGCCAAGAAGGUUUACUUUGCAAAGCAAGGCAAUCAAGUCAAGAAUGCCUUGACCAUGGAGGCUUCUCUGCAGCUUUUUGAGAAGUACAAUGGCGGUGUGAUCAACAAGGAAGACAAAGAUAUCAAGAGCAAGCUCAGUGGUCUCAUCGCCUACUUUGCCGGAACCCUUCCUGAACCGGCCAAAACCACCGAAGAGUUGUGGAAGUUUGCCAAGGCGCACGACCGUCGCGCGUACGCUCUGAUACGCUUCUGUAUGGAUCCUGCAAGUGACUACCGCAGAGUCUUCAAGUCCAUCAAAGAGCUCCGCAAGCGCAUCGAAGACGGACCGGGUGCAACGCUACUGGACGUGAUAAACCCUUUGCUCUACCGUAUGGCUCUUUUAUGCUACAACAAGAGUCACGUUUCCGCCAUCAUCGGAUACACUCGAACAGAUGACAAGGGUCUUGGCGCUGUUGCACACGAACUGCUGAAGGAAAUCUCUCUCAGGCACCCAAAAGUAUUCUCUACACACGUCAAGGAUCUUUGCAGGACUCUUGAGAGCGAGGCACCUACAGCAAAGACCCCCAAUCCCCCAGGCGCAGUCGAUGAUUUGAAGGCAUGCGCAGCCUUUGCGAAGAAGUUCCCGAGUGACAUUCCGAUGAACACAAAGGAUGGCCGUAAGCUGGUGCAAAGCUUCCUUAACUUCUCGCAGUAUGGUACACCAGCACAGGCAGCGAAGCACGCCAUCACUAUCGUCAUGCACAGCGAUAACAAAAAGGAGCUGCACGCCAAGGAGAUUCUGGACAAGAGCAUCAAGAAUUUCAAGUACAACGGCGACCACUGGCUGACUAACCUUGCUGCGCUCAGCCAACUGGUGUUGCUUGCCCAGACAGAGUGUGAGGAUAGCAUGGACUCUAUCAUCGAGAUCGCGAUUGAGAAGGUACUCCAUGAACCUCACUUGACCACGGAAGAGGCCGACGUCGAAUGGAUGGAUGUCCCUGACGACGACAUCUUGGGCAGGGCGUGGGCGUUGAAAGUCCUUAUCAAUCGAUUGCGCUCUCUUCCGUCUGACGCUGAUCUUGACGAAGCUGCAAUAAGCACCUACGCCCUACUCAACCGCCUCGUCAAAGACAAUGGCGAAGCAUCGGAAUCGAAUGAUACCCCCGCAGGACACAAAUCUCGCCAGAGACUGCUAGCGGCGAAUGCACUCCUCAAAUUGUCCACCAACAAGCGUCUGGACGCUCUGUUGAAGCCCGCUGACUUUGUCCAACUCGCUCUUGUCACUCACGAUCCUUGCCCUCAAGUCCGUAGACUUUUCGCGGAGAAGCUGAUGAAGUACCUUGGGCAGAACCGUCUGCCACCCCGGUUCUACACCAUCCUUUUCUUCUUUGCCCACGAGCCUGAGCGAAGCGUAAAAGAGAGCACACUUACGUGGAUUCGUUCUCGCCGUGCUGCUUUUGCAGCUCGUAAAGAGACUGUACUUGAGACUGUCUUCUCCCGUCUCCUCAGUCUUCUUGCCCAUCACCCUGACUUCGACACCGAACCAGAAACCCUCAAGUUGAUGUCCGAGUACAUCCUUUAUUACCUCAAAUGUGUUGCCACGGAGGAUAAUCUCUCCCUCAUCUUUCACGUUGCCCAACGAGUCAAAGGUGUUGCCGAUAACAUCGCUCCAUCACAGCAGGCAGACGAGAAUCUCUACGUCUUGUCCGACCUCUCGCAAGCACUUGUACGUUCUUGGGAAGAGCAGAACAGUUGGACAAUGCAAUCAUGGCCUGGUAAGAUGCGGUUGCCUUCAGGCAUCUUUCGUGCCUUGGAAUCGCAUGAACGCGCUCAGGAGAUUGCGAAGAAGACAUGGAUUGAUGAGGACCUUGUUGAAGACCUCGAUCCGCUAGUCCGCAAAGCGAUUCGUACAAAGAAGAGGAAGGCUACCGACGGUGUGGAGAGCGCAAGGAAAAAGAAGUCUAAGGGUGAUCGACCAAGAAAGGAGAAGAAAGAGAGGCCUAUAAAAACGCCGAGAAAGAAGCACGUCGCAAGCGAUGAUGAUGCAGAAAGCGACGACGGGCAGCUUGCACCCGAGACUGAACCGAAGAGAAAGAGCGGCCGGCACAGUAAUGUUGGCAAGAGCUACGUUGAAGUCAGCAGCGACGACGAGGAUAUUAAUAUCGGUGCGGAAUCGGUAGAACAGGUCGAGGAACAAGAUGUGACGGAGGAAGAAGAAAGGGAAUCAACUUCUGAGCCUGAGGUGGAUGUCGAGAUGGCUGACGCUGAUAAAGCUGAAAGUGACGAAGAGCCUGAAGCCGGUGAGACCACAGCGAUCCCAGAGCCCGAUCCACCCAAAAGGGGAGCUCGAGGUCGAGCAGCGAAGGCGAAGAACGCAGCGGAGUCUUCUCCACCGGCACAGAAGCGCAAAACUGCCACUUCCACGAAGGCAGCUACCCCAGCAAAGGUCGCAUCUGUCAAAACCUCCUCAGUAAAGGAUCCCACCCCUGUCAAGGCUGACAAAGCAACUAAUCCCGUCUUGAAGGGCAAGGCGAAAGUCAAUGGCGCGGGAGAAGCAAAGAAAAGCAGCCCCCCUACAAACGGGACGAGCACCAGACGGAGCGCAAGGACUAAGAGCUGAGCAGGUUAUUACUGGCAAAUCUCAUGGACGCGGUUCGCCGCAAGUCUCCAACUUCUGUAUCAGAUUGCAUGUGCAACAUGUAUAUGAGGGAAUUUAGCGUUACUACUACUGUAUAUGCGGGUCAAUUUCGUUUUCAUCACGUUCAGCAGGCGCGUCAGCGAGGUGCAUAAGGGAAAGGUGGGAACUGUAGGAUACAAAUACAUUUACGGCCAAACACGACACCCAUUUAUGAUCUAACGCAUCACUCUAUCUUUACGAUCGACAUAUGGUACCAUCUUUCGACUGACUACGGUGCAUGCCAAUAUUGUUCCGUUGAGCUCAUGAGAUCUAAAUUCAUUGGACCUCG